AUGAGCGUCGUAGGUGUUGAUUUCGGAACCCUCAAAACGGUUGUGGCCGUUGCGAGGAAUCGCGGUGUCGACGUGAUCACCAAUGAAGUAUCCAACAGAGCCACUCCGUCCUUGGUAGGCUUCGGUGCCAAGUCGCGAUACCUCGGCGAAGCUGCCAAGACCCAGGAGAUUUCCAACCUCAAGAACACCGUCGGCAGCCUCAAGCGCCUCGCUGGUCGUUCCUUCAGCGACCCUGACGUCCAGAUCGAGCAGCAGUAUGUCACAGCUCCGCUCGUCGACGUCAAUGGCCAGGUUGGCGCCGAGAUUAGCUAUCUUGGUCGCAAGGAGAAGUUUACUGCCACCCAGCUCGUCGCCAUGUAUCUCAGCAAGAUUAAGCAGACGGCUGCCAGUGAGCUCAAGCUUGCCGUUUCCGAGCUCUGCAUGAGCGUUCCCCAUUGGUUCUCUGACGUCCAGCGCCGAGCCCUUCUUGACGCCUCCGAGAUUGCUGGCCUCAGGGUUCUCCGUCUCAUGAACGACACUACCGCCGCAGCGCUCGGAUGGGGCAUCACUAAGCUCGACCUCCCCCCGCCCGAGGAACCACCCCGCCGUGUCUGCUUCAUCGACAUCGGCCACAGCAACUAUACCUGCUCCAUCGUUGAAUUCAAGAAGGGCGAGCUUGCCGUCAAGGCCACCGCCUGGGACCGUCACUUUGGCGGCCGAGAUUUUGACAAGGCUCUCGUCGACCACCUGGCCAAGGAAUUCAAGGGCAAGUACAAGGUUGACAUCUUCACCCACGGCCGAGCGAUGGCACGAACCAUCGCUGCGGCUGAGAAGACGAAGAAGAUUCUGUCGGCCAACCAGCAGGCCCCCGUCAACAUCGAGUCGCUGAUGAACGACGUCGAUGCCUCCACCAUGGUCACCCGCCAGGAGUUCGAGGCCAUGAUUGAACCGCUGCUGGCCCGCACUCACCAUCCCCUCGAGCAGGCUCUCGCUCAGGCCAAGCUCACCAAGGAUGACAUCGACGUGAUCGAGGUUGUCGGCGGCGGCUCGCGUGUCCCGGCCCUCAAGGAGCGCAUUCAUGCCUUCUUCGGCAAGACCUUGUCAUACACCAUGAACGCCGAUGAAGCCAUUUCCCGCGGCUGCGCCUUCAGCUGCGCCAUUCUCUCUCCUGUAUUCCGCGUCCGCGACUUCUCUGUUCAGGACAUCAUCAGCUACCCGAUUGAGUUUGCCUGGGAGAAGGCGGCCGACAUUCCUGACGAGGACACGAGCCUGACUGUGUUCAACAAAGGAAACGUCUUGCCUUCAACCAAGAUCCUCACCUUCUACCGCAAGCAACCCUUCGAUCUCGAGGCCCGCUACGCACACCCCGAUGAGCUUCCCGGCAAGCAGAAUCCUUGGAUCGGCCGCUUUUCCGUCAAAGGUGUUCAGGCCGAGAGCGAUGAUGAUUUCAUGAUUUGCAAGUUGAAGGCCCGUGUCAACAUCCACGGCGUUCUCAACGUCGAAAGUGGCUACUUUGUCGAGGAGCAGGAGGUUGAGGAGGAGGUCAAGGACGAAGAGAAGAAGGAGGACGGCAAUAAUCCCGACGCCAUGGACACCGACCCGAAGGAUGACGCACCGAAGAGGACCCGCAAGGUUAAGAAGCAGGUCCGCAAAGGUGAUCUCCCGAUUUCCAGCGGCACCGCCUCCCUCGAUGCCAGCUCGAAGACGACUUUGAUGGAGAAGGAAGCUGCCAUGGUUAUGGAGGACAAGCUCGUGGCCGAUACCGAGGAGAAGAAGAAUGAACUGGAGGCCUAUAUCUAUGACCUCCGAGCGAAGCUGGAUGAUCAAUAUGCCGAGUUUGCCAGCGAGGAAGAGAAGGCAACCAUCAGGCAGAAGCUGGAAACCGUUGAGGAUUGGCUGUACGACGAGGGAGAUGAUGCAUCCAAGGGCAUCUACGUGGCCAAACUGGACGAGCUUCGUGCCAUGGCCGGACCCGUUGUCCAGCGUCACUUUGAGAAGGUCGAGGCCGAUCGCCUUGCCGUCCAAGCCCGCGUUGAGGCUGAGCAGGCUGCCAAAAAGGCCGCCGAGGAGGAGGCUCGCAAGGCUGCUGCCGAGGCGGAGAAGGCGGCCCAGAAUGGGGGAAGCGACCAGGAGAUGAAGGAUGCUGAUACCCCGCAAACGGACGCAGACCAAGUUGGCGAUUCGAAAUAG